GAAGCUUGCCACACACUUAAGAAGGAUGUCGCUUAUUUUUACUGAACAACUUUCUACAUCAGAUGGUAACACCAUAUUAACCCUUUUCAAUUUAACGGUUUAUCAGAAUUCUCCGCAGGUUGAACGUGAACCUGCUUGGUUUAAUUGGCUACAAACCCUUUUAACU